AACAAAAUAGACCCACAAUUGAGCCUCACUCGCUCUAUUGAGAUCAAUGUAUUCACCUCAGCUGCCUCUGGCGCGUACGCGCGUGCCAUUCCCUGCCGAGACUGACAAAGCUCAAGCAGACCUGGGUAGUCUCGAGGCCUCCCUUCUUCAACUACUCCACGAUCACCACCACUCCUCUCUCAAACUCCGCCAACAAACGGAGUUAGCGAAGAAAGAAUCGAUUGAUAAUGCAAAAAGGGUAUCUGAUUUAUUGGUGGAUGCAACGAAUAGUGGGGUGCACGAGUGUUAUUUGAAUGAGAAAAGAAUUGAAAUUGAAAUUCGAGUUUUGGCAGCUACAAUUGCCCGAUUUAUGAAACAGACUGAUCAGUGGUUGGCUACUACAAAUGCUAUUAACUCUGCCAUGAAGGGGUUUGUGUUGUAGGAAAUUGGAGACUUUGAGAACUGGAUGAAGACGAUGGAUUUUGACUGCAAAAGCAUUAAUGCAGCAAUCCGCAAUAUUUACCAAGAAUGAUUUCUUGUCUCUCUCUAGACCCUUGUCCUGGGGUAUGCCUUCCAUACAGAGAGCUAACAACCUAUUGACAAUGCCAUUUUCCCCCCAAUAUAAAUUAUCACUCCAUCGUGUCAAAACUUGUGAAUCUUCUGUGAACAUUCAUUGGCCACCUAAACUUCAAUUAUUUUGGUUGUGUGCAUGUAUUGAGAUGUUUGUAUUUCCCAUUUAACGAGCAAGCUAUGUAACGUGUAACGGUAAUAUUUAUGAGGCAGGAAAUGGAUUAAGUUUUAUUGGGUA